UUUCGUUCGAUCGUUGAAUUGAAAGAGCCUUUGUUUCACAUGGGAGUUGAAACUCGUUCUUCUUCCCUCCACUUUCGUCUCUAGCAGUUAAUUUCCCUUUCCUGGCUUCUCACCGGACGUUAUCGAGAAUUUUUGCCCUUUCCCCUCCGAUUUUCUCCCUUUCUCCGGCGAAAAUUUGAUCAUGGGAGGCGGCGGCGGGUCAAAUCCAGGUCCCGUUUCGUGUGGGUCAUGGAUUCGGAGGCCCGAGAAUGUGAACUUAGCGCUUAUUGGGAGGUCUAGGCGACCGGAUUCAUCUCCUUCCGUGCUCGAGAUCUUUUCGUUUGAUCCCAAGAUCACUUCUCUUUCGGCCUCUCCUCUGACUGAAUUUGUGUUUGAAGAAUGCGAUGGUGAUCUUGUUAGUGUUGCUGUUCAUCCCAGCGGGGAUGAAAUUGUGUGUUCUACCACUCAAGGGGGAUGCAAAUUAUUCGAGCUGUGUGGUCAAGAAUUAAACGUGAAGCUGUUGAUGAAGGAAUUGCCUCCACUGAAUAAUGUCGGUUCUCAGAAUUGUCUCGCUUUCAGUGUUGAUGGUUCUAAACUCGCUACGGGUGGGGUGAAUGGACACCUCAGAAUCUUAGAGUGGCCUAACCUGCGCCCCAUUUUAGAUGAACCAAGUGCGCAUAAAUCUGUAAGGGAUAUGGACUUUAGCCUAGACUCAGAGUUCUUGGCUUCUACAUCCAGCGAUGGAUCAGCCAGAGUUUGGAAAACUGAUGAUGGAGUUCCUAUAACUACUUUAACCCGGAGUGCGGAUGAGAAAAUCGAGCUCUGUCGAUUUUCCAAGGACGGCACUAAACCAUUUUUAUUUUGCACCGUCCAAAGAGGCGAGAAGGCGGUCACUGCCGUUUGGGACAUCAGUAACUGGAAAAGAAUUGGGUAUAAGAGGUUGCUGAGAAAGCCUGCUUGUGUAAUGUCCAUCAGUCGAGAUGGAAAAUAUUUGGCUUUGGGAAGCAAGGAUGGGGAUGUAUGUGUGGCUGAAGUAAAGAAAAUGGAAGUCAGUCAUAUGAGCAAGAGGCUGCAUCUUGGUACAUCCAUAAAAACCUUAGAGUUCUGCCCCAGUGAAAGGGUUGUUCUUACUGGUUCAGUCGAAUGGGGGGCUUUGGUGACUAAGCUAAAUGUUCCUGCCGACUGGAAAGAGUGGCAGAUCUAUUUGCUGCUCGUAAGUCUAUUCGCUGCAUCGGCUGUUGUUUUUUAUAUCUUCUACGAGAAUUCGGAUUCGUUUUGGCAAUUCCCUCUUGGAAGAGAUCAGCCAGCAAGACCCAGGUUUGAUUCCUUUGUAGGAGAUUCACAGUAUGCUGAUGAUCCAUUUGGACCAGUUGACAUGUGAGAGCAUCUGCUAUGUUAACUAUUAACGACCGAGCGAUAGGAUGGAUCUCGAGUACUGGUUUUCGGUUCUUUAAACUUCAUUUCAGGAAGCUUGUUUGCAGUUCUUUUGUUUAAUGCAAUUAUUAUGAUUAAAUUAGGUCUUGUCCGUGAGCAUCAAGUUAAAAUUACUGAAUUCUUAAUCAUGUUUGGAAGUUAGACAUCACAGGCGCCGUUGGUUGUAUAAUUAUUUGAUUAUACAGUUUACCUAAUUUAUUCAUCUUUUAUGGUCAACA